CGCCUACGAUAUAGCCUGAUGAGAUCCAUUGUUUGGUCGUUCGUUGCACUUCUCUUUGCGUUCGAAGCUGUAGUCGCAUUCGCAUUCGUCUUUCGUCCAAGAUCCAAAGGUUCCAGAAUACCCGUACUGUCACUGCAACACCAGUACCUUUCACCGAAUGUUCGUUCUUUUUCUGCGUCAACGUCGACCCGCACGUACAUGACUUGGCCUGGGGGGAACCAAUUUGCGUCGUCGGAUAAUUCUUUGCGUACUGCGAGCAAUGAACGAACUCGACAGGCGUUAAUCGAAGCGGCGUUAUCGAUCGAAAAGUCGGCGAACCGUGACGCUCUCACGACUGUUCGGCUCGUAGGAAAGAGUACGUUGCCUACUACAGCGGAGGGUCCCAACGUAACUUGUGUCGUCCUGACAGUGAGUCCAACACCAGACACUUUUACCGAAAUCGACGCUUCCGUCCCGUGUUUACUCGUGCCACUUCGGGGAAACUCCAACCAGCUCGCGCUUUUGGAAUGUGUUGUACGAGCGGAACCUCUCAGUAUGACAAGCUUGUACGGCUACAAUCUACUGUUUGUGAACCGGGAUGGGGAUUUAUACGAUAACGUACCCUGGGCGUCUUGGACUGUGGAUCCUUCGCAACGUAAUCGAGACGCGGCGAAUAACGUCAUUGACGCCAAAUUCCACAUGGGCAAACGGGACGCCUACAAUCGAUUCAUGGGAAAAGACGUUACGGGACGUUCGCAAGUACUGGCUCGUUUGCGUCAGCAAAAACAGCAGCAAGAGACGCGGAUGGCGAGACAACAAGCACCCAUUCAGGGCGACGAGGACGGGACCAACGCUAUGGUAGGCCUGAAGCGUCGGAUUCUACAAGUGGAAAUUCGAGAACUCGAAAUGGAAAUUGCGGAACUGGACUACGGACUUGCGGUAGCACGGGAGGAUGACGCAAAGGUGGAUGCGCUCAGGGAGCAAAAGGCGGUUUUGACUCGGGAUAUGGAGGCUGCCCGUGAUCGGUUCAAGGCAACGGACCAAAUAUCCGAAGUUGGCACUGGCGCUGCGGAAGCCACGUGGAUAACUGGCUUGUUCCAAGAUCGGAGGAGGGUGGACAAAGGAGAAAAACCCUUUCCAGGUGUCAUGGGAUACCCACCGGAAAAAUCAGAAACGUCGCAGGAUCAGCUGUACCGCAGUCCCUACGAUCUACUCAGACAAAUUCUAAAGGAACAACUGAAUGCGGAAGUAAUUGGUUCUGUUUUGGAAAAUACCAGCCUCUUGGAAGGUACAACGUCGCUCAGUGGAGUGCUCAUCCUUCGCCGAGUCGCGGCCCAAAAGUCUGCCAAGCUUUUGGGUGAAGAGGUCACGGUGUCUGACGAGGAUGAGGAGUUCGGCAAUCCAGGAAUUCGUGGCGGAGAACUAGUCGUGGUGGAGUGUGACGCCGAUGAAGCCAUUGCGAUGAGUUUUGCCUGUGACGUGCCUUUACAAGUCGAGACCUCUAUACUGGAAGUGGCGAGUCUUAUGGCGCAACCUGUUGGAGGUUGGUCGGAAUCGCGUCAAGACCUUUUGGAAUGGACUUCACUGAAUCCGGAACUCUCGGUUUUGGUUGAAGGGCAAGCCGGGAACGAGUUGUCAACGGAGCGUGCUUCACCUUUGCGAAUCCCUCGUACGACUUCGUCCUUGUUUGACACCGUUACGCAAGAUCCUCCCGCAUCGGCUUCGAAAGAUCUCUUUCCUACCGACAAUCCUAUCCAAUCUUUGUCACAAUACGAUAACAUGUCCAACGAAGACAAGGCACGGAUGUUAAUGGCAUUGAGCAACUUUGACGGUAAGCUCCCACGACCACGUACCGUACGUCAAUCGCAGCGUAUGGGUGCAGGAAACGCUCUGGAUGCGUUGUUGCUUCCCUUGGUGGACGAAUCCGUUCGUCGACAGUAUCAGAUACGGGAUGCGACCCAAAAGGGCGACAUGGACUUGGUACGGACCCUGACCGAAGAAAAAAGUCAGCGUCAAAUUGCCAAAGAAAAGGCUGAACAAGCCCGCGAGAAGCAGGCCGACGAUGUCGCCGAUUGGUGGGAAGCCGAAGCCGAAUUUCUGGAAGCACUGCGUGCGGAUGCCACACAGGACGAAGGUUCCUAUUCGCGAUUUCUGGAUCGGGACGAUUGGUACGAACGAUCGCGGCAACAGCAGGCAAAGCGAGUUAACAAGAAGCAGUUUGGCAAUUUACUGGACGGCGUUGAGUAGAAUUUGGCCUCUUGCAUUGCCUUUGAAGCUUUGGAUUCGACAGAAGGACAGAAAAAGGUAAAAUCCAGUCCUUCUGUGGAAGGUGUUGUCAACGCAAUAAAGAUGCGUGGCCACCCUACGUAUAAGAGAGCAUUAGAGAAAAGUGAACAUUAAUUCUUUUGAUCCAUGAAGAGAAAGUCUUCCGUUUCGUCGCAUGAAUGAUUACAAUUGGGCUUGUAAGACGUUGUCGGUAUUUGCUGUCAGGGAAGCUCACAAAACACUUUUUGAUCGUGAGUUCAGGCUAACUGUAAAAUUGAAAACAACCAAAGAGCGCCU